GUAGAUUUCAGACCCUGAAACUCCGUAUUCACGCGGUUCCUCCGUGGUUCUCUCGUCCGGGGCGGAUUAAAGAAGUGGAGCGCCGCUCGGGUCUCGGAUGGGUUUUCGUCCCUACAGGUUGUAUGCUGGUCAGGCUCCUUUUUCGCAGCAUGUCCUCCGCUCUAACUCGUCAUGUGAUCUGGCAGUCCGAGGGGCUGGUGGCCUACCUGAACCCCCGGCCCUGGACCCCGGGCUCCGUGAUCCUGGAGAGCCGCGCUCCAGGCAGUGCAGGAGGCAGCAUCUUCCACCUCAGCGAGUCUGAGUGCUCGACCUGGCUGCUGGGGGCGAGGACCGUCGCUGAGCUGCUGUGUGACAGGCUGGGUGUUCGGAGGUGUGCUCUGGUCAGCAGACCCCACAGAGACAGACCUGCUCAGAUCCGUGUGCUGCCCCUCCACGGUCUGGACGCAGAGUGGCGCCCCCACCUGGCCGGAGAGGAGGAGCACAACGCUCACGACCCGGGAUACUGCACCUCCAAAACGGCUCCUCGAUGGAGCGACGCCAGCCUGACUGACGUCCAGAACCGAAUCAGGGCGAGGCUGCCGCUCCCCGACGCGCCGCCCGAUCUCACGUUCCUGGGCGACGACCCGGCUCACGCCGGCCUCUUCUCGCGCAUCGUCCGAGGGGAGGAGAAGCAGUGGCGCGUGUGGGAGGACGAAAGCCACGUCGCCUUUCUCACUCCGUUCCCCAACUCCCCCGGCUUCACCGUGCUGGUUCCGCGGCGACCUCUGACCUCCGACAUAUUCAGACUGCAGAGAGGAGACUACGAAGCGCUGGCGUCGGCUGCCAGGAAGGUGUCGCUGCUCUUGGUGGAAGGACUCGGCGCCUGGGGGGUGGGGCUUAUUUUCGAGGGCUUUGAGAUCGACUACGCUCACGCCAAGCUGAUUCCGCUGCUGUCACCUUCACCGUCAGGGGAAGGAAGCGAAGCCACUACGCCUCGCUGCCCGCACUUCCACCCCACUUACCCGGGUUAUGUCACGUCAGAGGACGGACCUGAAGCUGACCCGGAGAACCUGAAGGAGAUGCAUGCUAAAAUUACUGAAGCUUAAUGUCGCUGCGUUUCAGUGAAGGUUUUUUUUUUCUUGACUAAUCACAAAACUGUGCUUGUUUUCCUUCAGGCAAGCAUGUAAAUAAUAUAAAUCAUCAAGCAAGUAUUUUGUCUUUCCAUCAAAAACAUUGACUUUUUAUUCAGAGAUCUGAUUAAAACAAUGUGAAUACUAAC